AUGUCUUGGAGAAAUCAAUUAUCAAAAAGUUUAAAAGAACUUCGUAUACAUUUUUGUCAAACUUCUCCUUCUAGCAAAGGAGUUCGAGAAUUUAUCACAAAUAAUUAUUUAUCAUUAAAAGAGGCUAAUCCAAAAUUUCCGAUCCUAAUUCGUGAAGCAAGUGGAAUAGAAGCUCGUUUUUUUGCUAGAUAUGAUUUUGGAGAAGAGAAAAAAAUUGCUUUAAAUAAUCUCUCAGCUAGAGAUGUUGAAUCUAAAUUAGAAGAAUUGCAACUUACAGCUGAAGCAACUCCUGAAAAACCAAAAAAUGAUGAAUAA